AGUUCCAGUCUAGUAAACUGCCUUUCCAAAUGUAUCAGUUGAUACUCGUACACAUGCAUUGUUCAGCAUUCCUGGAUAGCUGCUCUUAAGUAUCAUUAGGACGUGCCAUUCAACUUAUUGACUGAGUCUAUUCUGGCUGGCUGUAGAGUAAUCUAGCCAAUUCCCCCUAUCCUGCUGUAUCCCUGUAAAUUUAAAGAUAAUGCAAUCUUCUUUUGAAAUUGUUCAUAUACUUCCAUCCUGAAGAAGGAGCCAAGGCUGACUUUUUCCAUCUCUGCCACCACCAGUGACACUGCCAAUUUGUAAUAUGCCAACUGGAAUUAUGCCUGAGGAAUGAUGCGGAGGUACAGGUGUUGGACUGGGGUGGACAAGGUUUGGCAGACUGCACUGAGCACUUUGAAUCCCAAUCCAAUAGAUACCUGUUCUCUUUGGCUCAAUUAUGCUGUUGUGGCAGCCCUCCCAUCCAAAGUCAGCCGUCACAAUAGUCCAUCAUCGGCUCACUUUCUCACACGACUGAUUCGCAAUUGCUCAUCUGGAAGAACUAACCAGUGCAUUGUGCUCGUUUGUGAAUAUACGGAGGUUUUCGCAUCAGCUUGUGCAGUAACAAGGGCAUUUCCCCUGUUCACUCGGCGCACUGGCUUGCUGGAACCAGGAGAGAAACUCACUGUUACGGUAGAAUUUAUUCUGGUCGGAGAGAAUACUAAGCCACUUACCGAAUCUGUGCUUACGUGUCUGUUAAAUGCUGCUGAAGGCAUUCGACUAGCUGCUCGCAUUGUGGAUACACCAUGCAAUGAGAUGAAUACAGAUGACUUCCUUGCGGAAAUUGAACUUGUGGGAUCUGAGCUGGGCAUUAUUCCCACUGUUAUCCGCGGAGAGGAACUUAAUCACAAGGGAUUUGGAGGUAUCUAUGGAGUUGGAAAGGCUGCUGUGAACCCACCUAUUCUUGCAAUACUUAGUCACACUCCAGAGGAUGCUACACAAACUAUAGCCUGGGUUGGCAAGGGUAUUGUUUAUGACACUGGUGGUCUCAGCAUCAAAUCUAAGACCUAUAUGCCAGGUAUGAAGAGGGAUUGUGGGGGUGCUGCUGCUGUUCUGGGAGCCUUCAGAGCAGCUGUGAAACAGGGUUUUAGAGAGAACUUGCAUGCAUUGUUCUGCCUGGCAGAGAAUGCAGUUGGAGCCAAUGCUACAAGACCAGAUGACAUUCACCAACUGUACUCUGGAAAAACUGUUGAAAUUAAUAACACAGAUGCAGAGGGCCGCCUGGUUUUGGCUGAUGGCGUGUCAUAUGCUUGUAAGGAUCUUAAAGCAGAUGUCAUCUUGGAUAUUGCUACUUUAACUGGUGCUCAGGGUAUUGCUACUGGAAAGUAUCAUGCUGGAUUACUUACCAAUAGUGAAGAAUGGGAGCGAGCCUGUGUAAAAGCUGGGCAGAACAGUGGUGAUCUUGUGCAGCCAAUGGUUUACUGUCCUGAACUGCAUUUCAGUGAAUUUACUUCUGCUGUGGCAGAUAUGAAAAAUUUUGUGGCUGAUCGAGCCAAUGCUAUGAGUUCAUGUGCGGGCUUGUUUAUUGAAGCCCAUAUUGGUUUUGAUUGGCCAGGCAUCUGGGUGCAUAUUGACAUGGCAUCGCCAGUUCACACUGGAGCACGUGCUACAGGCUACGGGGUAGCUCUACUACUAGCAUUGUUUGGUCGUGCAACAGAUGAUGCAUUAUUGAACUUGAUUUCACCAGUUGGUGUUAAUUUUGCUACAGAAGGUGAUAAUACAAUGGAAAAUUGCUGUAAAAAGAGACGGCUGGUAUAAAUUCUGCCUGAGGUUAUGUUCAUUCUUUUUUGUUACUUGGAUAUAGACUACUACUGAACCGGUGUGAGCCUAUCUGUUGAAUUAUGCUUUCGAGUAGAUGCCGUGCGAAUUUAAAUACUAACUGCUAUAUCCAUGAUGGUGUGCAGUUGCUGGAUACUAGCAUAUGUAGACAUAAAUUGGGUCAUGUUUCAAAUGUUAAAUUUCAAAUGAUGCAGAAGGAAUCUAUUAUUUUGGCUUUAUUACCAUAAUGUGAUUUAUUGACUUGCAAAAGUUGCAACUUUUCACAUAAUCUAAAUCUGACCUAGCACCUCUUAGGAUAUCUGAUAUCAGUUUGACGACUUAAUUUGCUGUACGUUGAUUUGAAAAGUUCUUGACCACGUUGGUGUUUGUCCAUCUUGACGGUCAGGUUUUACAGAAUUUGUCAUUUAACCUAUAAAUUGAUUGUGAAUCACUCAAUCUUUACUUGUGACCCGUACUCCUUGAAUAGAAUGAUAUAGCAAAGAUUUGUCCUAAUGUCGGGUGGCACAAGAGCUCGUGUUCAGUUCUAACUGUUGAGAAUGAGAGAGAGUGACAGGCAAUCCCGUCAUGUUUUGGGGCAAAUAAAUGGGCUAUGUUAAAGCUAAAGGAUUAACACUGAAUGCAGGAUUUUUUUUACAUGUUGCAGGGCUUUGUUUCGAAAUUAUUCCAAUAUUUAGACAAGACUACAGUGCUAACAUUUUGCAUCCAUAAUCUUUAAAGUGAUGAUGUUGUCUUCAGAAAUUACUUCAUACAAAAUGCUAACAAUUUUUUUUUUAGUUGUCUACUGUCCAGUUUGGUAGCUGCGUCUUCUAGGUGUUUUUUUUUAUUUGCGAACUGAAGUGCACCCUUAAAACCAAAAGUACUCCAUUGAACACAGUGGGGGCUGAGUCUUCCAACUUAUUGAGUUGCAUUUGAGAAUGAGUCCCCAGUAAAGAAUAGUCUCUCAAUGGAUGCAUAGAUUAAUCUAACUGCAUUUGUAUCCUAGGGUUUUUAUCUAGAAUUCUCAUACUAGACUGAAGUUCAGGCUUUGCAGUUCCUUCUUUGUUAGCACAGGGAUGAUCAGUAUUGAUAAAUCACUAGAAUAGUGGAGCAAAGAAAGGUACUCAACUCCACGUUUCUUGUGAGUCACGAGAUUGACAUAUUUUCACAAAUGUUAGCAUUUUUUUCCCCAUGGUACAAAUAAAUACGCACCUUACAUUUGCCUUCCUCUUAAAAUUGCCUUCACUUUUAAGAAUGCCUUUAUCAACUUUGUCAUCAAACUUUUUAAACUAUUGUGUGUACUAUAGCUAAAAGAUCAUGAGAUUUUUUAAAAAAUGAGCAUCAUUAAUCAAUUGAAAAUCCAGAUGUGAGCUUUGCUAAAUGUUGUAAUGUCUUUAAUCCUACCAUGGUGGUUAUUGUAUUCUGGACUAAAGUCAGGGUUUUUACUUCUAUGAAACAUAUGUAUUUUGGAAACUACUGUUAGCCAGAUUUGCACAGUGGUGUCCAUAAAACUUUGAACUGUUGAGAUCAAUGUAUUGUUUUCAAGGUGGCUCAAGAUCUGUUUCUCCCUGUUAGUGAUUUUUUUCUUGCGUUCAUGAUGGAAAAAUUCAGAACGCAAUUCACCUUGUAGGCAACACUUGAAAUCUCCAAAAUAUGAGUGUUGCUCAGUUUACAUUUAGAGAAUGAACCUUGUGUAAUUAUUUCUAGAAUAGCUAAAAGCUGUAAUGAAUUUAUCAAAUUUUUGUAAUGAUGAUCUUGGCUCUACCUCGCAAAUACUUGUAAAGCAUUUUUAUAUAUUUUUAUGUAUUUCAAAUUAUGUACAUAAAAUAAUUUAACAUUU